AUGACAGUUUUUCACUUCCUUCAUUAUCCCCUAUCCCUUUAAUAUGUCGGACUGUAGUUUGUUCUCUCCCAAACCACCGGUGAUACUUAUGGCGGAGUUUUUACUGUUUUUCCUCCAUCGGGCUUAAAUACCACGACUCCCCUGAUGGACCCGGGCUCAGUACGAGGUGUCACACCCGCACUAAGUUCGUCUUUUAGGCUCCUGGGUGGGUUAAUGCUAGUAAACGUUAGGUUCGCUAACUCGGCUAGCAUGUGCUAACCUAAAGCUGAUAAAGUGAAGAGCCGUUGACUGUUCGGUUCACGCCUCAUCUUUCCAUGUGUUGUUUUUGACCAAGUGUUUUAUUGUUUUUCUACAACCACACAAGUACCGAUUGUUACAGCCCUGCGCGCCGGCUGACGUGGUCUGUUAGCUAGCUGCUAACGGUACAAGCUCCUGCUGUUUGAGACACUUAGCUUUUCUAUACCUGCGGACAAAAUGGAUUUCGACAACAUAUUGGACAUCGCCUCGCAGAACCAGGGACUCAGCAACGUGAAGCAUAAGAGAUACAGUUUACAAGCUGGACCACCAAAAAAGGACCCGAAGUCGAGAGGUGUAAAUCCGGCUGCUGUGCAGGCGCUUCUGAAGAAGCAACAAGUUGAUACCAAAAAGAAAGAAAUUAAAAUGAGGAAAGAGAAGGACAAACUAAACGCCAAGAGGGUUGAGUUGAAGUCGGACCGCAAAGCCAGAGCGAUGGCUUCCAGAACUAAGGACAAUUUUAAAGGCUACAAUGGCAUCCCAAUGGUUGAGCUUCCAAAGAAACGACGAUCUAAACAUGAUAUGGAGGACGAGAAAUCAACGGAUGCACAAGGAUUUAGGAACGACUCAGUCGACCCAGAGGAUGAGGAUAACUAUGAGUAUGAACAGACUGAUUCGGAGCCAGAGGCUGAGCCAGAGCCGCUGAGACCAGUGAGACCCACAGGUGUUAGUGGGGGUAGCAGUGGUAGUAGCAGCAAGUCCUCCUCUAAAAAACCCAAGGCUGCUCCACCUCCAUUGAACUUUGCAGACUUACUCAAGUUGGCAGAGAAGAAACAGUUUGAGCCAGUUGAUCUCAAACCCAAGUCAGUGAAAAAAGAUGAGAGACUACGCACAGCUGAUGAGAUAAGGGAACAGGAGAUGGAGCGCAAGGCCAAGAGACCAGAAAAAAGCAGAGACCCAAAAGUGGAGAGAGAGAGAGAUGGCAAGUCUCAAUCUAGCUCCAGUUCAACAAGGACAAGCACUUUAGAGAAGGAGCAGAAGAACUGCAAACCGCAAAAGAACUCAUUAGAAAAACAAAGUCAGCACUCUGGGUCAGCAAAGAAGUCGCAAAGUGACAGAGGCCACUCAUCUUCUAAUUCCUCUGUAAGAGACCGAGAGAGAGAGAGACCCAACACAUCCCACAGUGAUAGAGACAGAUCUAAGACUAAUUCGAGUAGUUCAUCUAGUGCCACAAACAGCAGAGUUCUUUCAAAAACUUCUUCUCAGGGUUUAACCAAACAAGGGGCCCCCAAGCCCUUGUCUAGCCACAAAUCCAGCACCUCAAGUGACCUUAGCAACAGAAAAGAAAGCUCGUCAUCACUUCAAGGAAGAGCUUCAGGGAAUCCUGGGACCAGACCUUCUGGUACAGCUUUAACAGGCCAAAAAUCGCAAUAUGGGAACUCCCAGCAGACCAGGCCCAGUCAGGGUAGCUCCAUGAAACAGGGGCCGGCAGUCGGAGGCCACAGGUCCGGAAAGGGAGAACCAAUAAAGACUGGAAUUAAUUCUGCAGUAAAAUCAAACGGUAAUUCAGUGAUGAGGAAUUCAUCAGGCGGCCCUCCUAAGGCAGGGAGCCAACCUCAGCAAAGGCCUGGAGGCACAUUCCAGGCAAGAAGUGGUGCCCCACAAGCCAGGCCUGGUGGUAGUGGUGGGCAGGGUUACCCUGGAGGUAAUGGAUUCAGACCUCCUGGGCCUGGAAGCAGUCGACCUGGUAGUGGGGGACCGGGGCCUGGAAGCGGUCGACCUGGUAGUGGGGGACCAGGUCCUGGAAGCGGUCGACCUGGUACAGGGGGACCAGGUCCUGGAAGCGGUCGACCUGGUACAGGGGGACCAGGUCCUGGAAGCGGUCGACCUGGUAGUGGGGGACCAGGGCCUGGAAGCGGUCGACCUGGUACUGGGGGACCAGGGCCUGGAAGCGGUCGACCUGGUAGUGGGGGACCAGUACCUGGACGGUCGAUAGAUAUGAUGGGAUCAGGACCUGGAAGACCAAAGUGCACUGUGGUGUCGGAGACCAUUUCAUCCAAGAAUUUUGGUGGACCUAGACCAGGAGUCCCUCCUCAGCCAGGCAUGCCACAGAGACCUGGGAUGCCGCCCAGACCUGGAAUGCAACCCAGACCUAUGAUGAACAGACCACCAGGUACAAUGUUGCCACCUAUCACAUCUGCCUAUAAGAGAAAAUUUGAUGAUGAGGAAGACGAGUACGACUCAGAAAUGGACGAUUUUAUUGAUGACGAAGGAAACGAACCAGAGGAAAUUUCCAGGCACAUAAAGGAGAUUUUUGGAUAUGAUCGAAACAAAUACAAGGAUGAGAGUGACUAUGCCCUUAAAUUUAUGGAGAGCAGCUGGAAAGAUAUGCAGAAAGAAGAGGCCAGGAGCCUGAAAUUGGCUGUGCUAGAAGAUCAGGAGGAGGAGAAGAAAGAGGAAGAGGAGAUGAAAAGGAAAAACACUAAGAGGCCAAGAAAGAUCUGAAGACCCUGAAUAAAUGAAUUAUUAAAACAACCUGUAUCUGGAACCAUGGAGCAAUGGGUCUGCCAUCUUAACUCAUGAAGCCUUGAGAUUGUUUACACCCUGGCGUCCAUUGCUUUGUGUCGGGUUCUCUCUUGUUCGGACAAAAACCUGAGUGGACAAGUGACAUUGCCUCAAGAGGAAAAGAAACAAAUUGUAUUUAGAGACAAUCUGACAGAUCGGGGGGUGGUCCUAUGCACAAAUCAGUCAACCAUGAGGUUGUUUGGAUAUAAGGAAAAGUUCUCAAAUAUUCCCUGUUACAUUAUUUAUUAAGCAGGGUUCAUUCCUAAAAGGAUCAAAGCUGCAAAGAGAGAAAUUGAUAUGGAACAGUGUGAUCUUUUUUUCCCCUAAAGACUGUCAAUGGCAUCGAAUGCCAAGUGGUGAUGAUUUGCUAUUUUUCAGCAGAACACUUUGCAUAUUUUUCCAGGCAAACUUUGUUGGUAAAGUUAAUUUCAAUAUGCAGAAAACCACUGAACGUGUUGUGUGUGUGUGUGUGUUCUCUUUAAAAAAGGAUUUGAUCAUAAGGAAAUCGCUGCAUCGUGGGUUUUAUUUAAACGUCUUAAGUUUUACAUCAAAUGUUAAUCGCAGAAAAUAUAUAAAGAAUUUAGAUUCUACAGAAAAUGUCACUUUGAGAAAAUUGUAUUUUUUUAGUUUUCCGUGAAAGCAAUGAAACUUUUCUCCGUAUAUAAAUAUAUAUAAUGUGUUGGAUUAUUGUUUAACAUGACUUUUUAAAGGUUGUUGAUUUUCUUGAAACAAACUUGAUCAGGUUUAUUAAAACUGCUGAUCUAAUGACAGCGGUGACGUCAGCAUCAA